UCUGUAUGGUCACACUGUUUUCACGUUUUUGCGUUUGUUUGGCUUUUUCAUCCGAUCUUGAAUUUUGGAAUUAAUAGAGAUGGGUCGCAACAAGGCAAACAACAAGAAGGUUACUCCUGGGGCCGCCAAGCCAAAGUCGGCUCUGAACAAGUCCAAAAAGGCCAAGAACGUAUUCAAAGUGGGCGACGGUAACAAGGGCAAGGGCAAGAAGCCCAAGGAAGUGCAGGGCAAGCUCAAGCAGAUCAAGGAAUCUGUUAAAGCUAAGCAGGAGAAAUUGGACGCCAGCCUGAAGACUCUACACAAGGAUCUGGUGGUGAAGAAGCCAAAGGCACCUGUGGCACCCAUCAAGAGCUACAAGAAGAAGGGGGUCGAUGCCCAGAAAGUGUCCGACACACUAAGCAAACUCAAGUUCUAAGCAACUCCGCCGGAGACCAUGUUUCACGUAUAGAUGCAUAUACGUAUUACGCAUAGAUGUAGUUAGUCCCCAUUGAUUGUUAAUAACUUUGGUGCAAUGUUGCCAGCAGUGGCAAUGAUUAUCCAAAAUAUACGUUAGCUAUUCCGACAGUGAUGGGAAGUCCUCAGCCAGGUGGAGACUACGUAGCCAAAUACCUCUUGACCUCUUUUAAAGCUAGCAUAAAUUCAGAAUUUCAUUCCUGAUAAGUAUAAUAUCCAAUGAAUAGGCUUGGAAAAUAACAGUUGAUCCCCAAUUUAUUUUUACAAAUAUUGUGCAACUCUUACCAUACGAGUGCGCUUUAUCUUACGUAAUUGGUAAGUUGUUAUAUGUUGAAUCCUUCCUAGGAAUGGGUGACUCCCCAUCACUGUGCUAUGGCAGCCUAGACAACCAC